UAGCUAGUUUUCUAAAAAAAAUCUAUUUUUUCCUUACAAGGGCGGCCUUUUUAUGCACAAAAAGUUUGCCUAUCUUGGUAAUGAAGAUUUAGGAUACCGGGGUUUUCAUUCAAGUUACUAUUUCACUCAGAAAGGCCCUUCAUUGAACAUGGAUGCAUCAACCCGUGUCAUUGCGAAGCAACAAAAAGUUAUGGACUUCAUUAUUGCAAAUGCUGGUGAAGAUCAUGCCAGUACUGAUUGGGUCAAGGCUAAGAGGAUGCUCAAGGGUCUGAGGAUCAAGACUGUGACGGUUCGUAUUUUUGUGGGCGGGGUUAGCCUUCGGAAAAACUACUUCAAAAUCGUUUAA